AUGGAGCGUAAAAAGAUCGUGCACACAUUGGACACGCCUUACUCCGUCAUCACAUGGCCGCGGAUCAGUCAGGACGACCAAGAUGCUAUCCUAGAGCUCCUCUGCCACCCCGUUUUCUUGACGCCAACAUGCAUGUGCAGGCUUUUGGCUCCUCUCGGGUUGUAUCGAAGAACUUUCAUCACCCCUUCCAAAGGCAAACGGAAGCGGUUCAACAAUGACCCAAGCUCGGAGACCCCGGCAUCAUCAACACAAGCUCCUCCGGUCCCUCCCCCGCCAGAAUUGGCCGCCCAUGUUGACGUAGGGCUCUCGGCUAUCUCCCGUACGUUGCAAGCCAUGUCUGGCAAGAAUGAAGCCGGGCCGUCAUCAAUAGACGCGCCAGCUAAGCGCGGAAAAUCAGACUCUAAACCAAACGCCAAGCCUUAUACCGUCGUCUUCGUGGCCCGCUCAGGACAAUCUCCGGCGUUCAACUGCCAUUUCCCUCAAAUGGUAGCCGUGGCUGCUCAGUCACAGUUGGCGGACAAAGCCAUCAGGUUAGUCGGCUUCUCCAAGGCCUGCGAGGAUCGGCUGAGCGCGGCGCUCGGCAUCCCCCGGGUCUCCAGCAUCGCUCUGCGGGAGGACGCUCCGCAGGCUAAAGGGCUCGUUGAUUUUGUGCGCGAGCACGUGGCCCCGAUUGAGGUCCCCUGGCUUCAAGAGGCUCAAUCUGGGAGGUUUCUCGAGACUAAGAUUGAUGCUGUCGCUACAAAGGUCGGGACCAAGAAGCCGAAACCCUCGUGA